AUAAGACACAUAUCUUGCUUUUCAAUUCAUAUUAUUGCAUAUAUACUUACUGGUGGAAAUAUUCGAAGAAGAUUUUUCUUGGAUCUUUCAUCUUUGCCAUCAUUAAGUGGGGAUUAUACAUUGGAAAUAUAUAGAAUUGGCACUAUUAUUAUCGAAACCCAACAUAUUCAAGGAUUCCGUAAUGAAUUGCCACCAAUAUAUUUACCUUCUUCCACAUAUUUCGAAAGAUCGAGAAGGAAUUCAAGACGACAAGCUUCCAUUGAACAAUUGAACACGAUAAGACCAAGACUCGGAUUUGACAAUUUACAAGAUAACAAUACUUCAGGCUCGACAGAUCUUCAUACCCAACCUUUUGCUACGUGGACAAGAUUUUUUAUGAAAGUUAUACAAUUAUUUUACGUUACAACAUUAAGAAUCGGUGCUUGGAUAAAACCAUCUUCCAGUAGUGAUGGUCAAUUACAACCUCUGGAGACCUCAAAAUGGAUAAUUGAAUCAACGCUGACCCAAACAAAUGUUGCUAAUGAAUGUCGAAAUUUAAACAAUUUCAGUUCAAUGGUUGGAAUAAUUUCAGGAUUAACUUCUUUUGAGGUGUUUAGACUAAAAAACAGUGGAUGGAACGCAUUGAAUGGUGAGCGUGAAUUAAUGAGAACUUUUGAUAGUAUGAAGAAAUUAAUUAGUCCUUCGAAAAACUAUCAAGAAUAUCGCUCACACUUGAAUAAUAUUAGACCACCUUUGAAAUUAAUUAGUCCUUCGAAAAACUAUCAAGAAUAUCGCUCACACUUGAAUAAUAUUAGACCACCUUUGGUACCAUUUUUAGGUAAUAAAUAA